AUCGCCUCUCAGCGAAUUCAGCACACCUCCUAUACACCACAGCUUCCUCUCCUCUACUUCCUCGAACGCAAAGAUGUCGCCCCAGGUCCCCGAAACGAUGAAGGCCGCGGUCGUUCCCCAGAGCGGCGCCGCCAUCGAGAUCAAGGAUGUGCGCAUCAAGCGUCCCGAGGAGCUCGCGCCGGGCGAGUGCUUGCUCAAGAUGGUCUGCACGGGUGUCUGCCACACCGACUUGCACGCCGCUCUCGGCGACUGGCCCGUCCCGCCCAAGACCCCGCUCAUCGGUGGUCACGAAGGUGUUGGUACCAUCGUCGCGAUCGGCGCGAACACUUCCAACUCGCCCGUGAAGGUUGGCGAUCGUGUUGGUGUCAAGUGGCUCGCCAACUCUUGCCUCAACUGCGAGCAGUGCCGCAACGGCCGCGAGCAGAACUGCUACAACGCCCAGCUCUCUGGCUACACCGUCGACGGCACCUUCUCCGAAUAUGUCGUGUCCUUCGUCAACCACGUCACCCCCAUCCCCGAGGGCUUCGACAGCUAUGCUGCCGCCUCCAUCCUUUGCGCUGGUGUCACCGUUUACCGCGCCAUCAAGUACUCGCAGACGAACCUCGGCGACUGGAUCGUGCUCCCCGGUGCCGGUGGAGGGCUCGGUCACUUGGCUAUCCAGUACGCGAGAGUCCGCGGUCUCCGCCCCAUUGCUAUCGACACUGGUGAUGAGAAGCGCAAGCUUUGCUUGGAUCUUGGCGCAGAGGCGUUCAUCGACUUCAGGGAGUCGAAGGACAUUGUCGCCGAUGUUAAGGCCAUCACUGGCGGCCUCGGCGCUCACUCUGCGGUCGUGACCACGGCAUCGCCCUCUGGUUACACGCAGGCCGUCGACUACCUCCGCCCCGGAGGCACGCUCAUGGCUGUCGGUCUCCCGGGCAAGGCCGGUCUCGAGGCCUCUAUCUUCUUCACCGUCUUCAAGAGCAUCAGCAUCUUGGGCUCGUACGUCGGCAACCGCCAGGACGCCUACGAGGCCGUCGAGAUCGCCGCCCGCGGGCAGGUCGAGUGCAAGUACGUCCUCAAGGACCUGCCGGCACUCACCAGCGUCUACGAGGGCAUGCAGCAGGGCGCCGUCGCUGGCCGCAUUGUCCUGAAGUUCUAAGUAAAAUAUCUGCGGAGGUUAAUGUGUGGAUUGUGGAAAGAAAAUGGACUCCAUUGUAGAAUACGGGGUUGUUGUAUAUUAUCAUGAAUGUACUGUUACCGUGGCCGCUGGAAAUAUCCAUGCCCUUCCAAGUCUGGCGUCGAUAUCUGCGUGCGGUCUUCUGAAAGCCUCGUGUUGGCGGUAAGCGCCCGGCGCUUAUUUUCGGACUUCGGCCCGUGGAGCGCGCAUCAGGCCGAAUUAGAAUCAACAUAAUUGUCCUUACUUCAC